AUGCCAAGAAAAGUGUCGAAAGAGCUUCAAGAAUGCAUGAGAGAGAUAGAGAAUGUCAUAGAAAACAGCAAAACACCCAGAGAAAGAAUUAACUCAAAGAAGAGGAAGAUGGUGAAGCUUGGUGGCCAUGUAAAGAAGCGCAGCGUUCCACUCAACCAUAUAAUGAAAAGGAUAGAAAAAAGAAAGGCAGAUGCCAUUGCCGAGAGGGAAAGACUGGAGUCUAUGGGUGUUUUCAAGAAAAAGAAGAAUCGUGAUAGAUAA